AAUGGAGUGAGACUAAGGCAGUUGCGGGAAUUAGAGCAGUGACAGGCCGAAGAUCGCCGGCUGGCUGUUUAGGUCCAAACUCCAGCCCGCCGACUGGCAGCGAGGAAUUGAGAGAAACAUGGCUCGGCCGUACGUUUGCCUGCUGACCCUGGCGUCUGUGCUACUGCUAGGUAUCGCCACCGUCUCCAGAUCGAAGGGCCUGCGGGGCAAGGGCAAGGGGCAUCAGAGGGCGCCGCGAAUCCCUUCUCAGUUCAGCCAAGAGGAGCGCGUCGCAAUGAAGGAGGCUCUGAAAGGUGCCGUCCAGAUUCCAACAGUGUCUUUCAGCCCCGAGGAGCUCAACACGACAGCCCUGGCUCAGUUUGGAGAAUACAUUCAUAAAGUCUUUCCUACUGUGUUCAAAACCAGCUUUAUCCGGCAUGAAGCUGUGGGAGAGUACAGCCACCUGUUCACUGUCCAAGGCUCGGACCCCAGCCUGCAGCCCUACAUGCUCCUCGCUCACAUUGAUGUGGUGCCUGCCCCUGACGAAGGCUGGGACGUGCCCCCGUUCUCUGGGUUGGAGAGUGAUGGCUUCAUCUAUGGUCGAGGCACACUGGACAACAAGAACUCUCUUAUGGCAAUCCUGCAGGCCUUGGAGCUUCUGCUGAUCAGAAACUACAUCCCCCGAAGAUCUUUCUUCAUUGCUCUGGGCCAUGAUGAGGAGGUAUCAGGGGUAAAGGGGGCUCAGAAGAUCUCAGCCCUCCUACAGGCAAGGGGCAUCCAGCUAGCCUUCAUUGUGGAUGAGGGGAGCUUCAUCUUGGAUGGUUUCAUUCCCAACCUCCAGAAGCCCUUUGCCAUGGUUUCAGUCUCCGAGAAGGGUGCAAUUGACCUCAUGCUGCAAGUAAACAUGACUCCAGGCCAUUCUUCAGCUCCUCCAAAGGAAACAAGCAUUGGCAUCCUCGCAGCUGCUGUCAGCCGACUGGAGCAGACACCAAUGCCAAACAUGUUUGGAGGCGGGCCGUUCAAGAUGGCAUUGCAGCAGCUGGCAAACGAGUUCCCCUUCCCGACCAACAUAGUCCUGAGCAACCUGUGGCUAUUUCAGCCCCUUGUAAGCAGGUUGAUGGAGAGGAAUUACAUAACCAAUGCACUGGUCAGGACCACCACGGCACUCACCAUGUUCAAUGCAGGGGUCAAGGUGAAUGUCAUCCCCCCUGUGGCCCAGGCCACCGUCAACUUCCGAAUUCACCCUGCACAGACAGUCCAGGAGGUCCUAAAACUAGCCAAGGACAUUGUGGCUGAUGACCGGAUCCAGUUCCACGUGUUGAAUGCCUUUGACCCCCUGCCUGUCAGCCCCUCUGAUGAUCAGGCCUUGGGCUACCAGCUGCUCCGCCAGACCAUACAGUCUGUCUUCCCGGAAGUCAACAUUGUUGCCCCAGGUACUUGUAUUGGCAACACAGACAGCAGACACUAUACGAACCUUACCACUGGCAUCUACCGGUUCAACCCCAUCUACCUGCAGCCUCAGAGCUUCAGCAGCAUCCACGGAAUCAAUGAGAAAAUCUCAGUCCAAGCCUACGAGACCCAGGUGAAGUUCAUCUUCGAGUUCCUCCAGAAUGCUGACGCAGACCCAAGGCCAGUUCCUCACCUGCACGAACUGUGAGGUCGGGGAGCCAGCUGGAUCAGGGAUGGCUGAUGCUGGGCCAGGACUAACCCAAGGGGGAAGCCAGUGUUGAUGAAACUUUGGGUCAAAGUCACAUUAUACUGACCUCACCCACCUGCCUUGCUCACUCCUAAACUCACUCAACACUCAAGAACAAGGCCAGGGAGAAGGGGAAGGCCAGCAGGAGCCCGGCUUCUCCCUUCCUCCCGGCAACUCCAUCCCUCAGCCAACCGGCAUUUACUGCCUUCUUGUCACUACCUUAGAAGGUAUCUGGCCUGUCUGUCUCACGCUGGUGAUUUAACUGCUCCUUGUUAAGUCCUGACUGAACAAAUGCAGAUUUGAAAAACAUCAGCCAGAUUUGACCUUCUACAAGUGUUUAAUUUAGGGCACGCUUGUUGGGCUGCCUUUUCCAUGGCUUAUAUAUUUCUUCUUGCUGUAAUUUCCCUUCCUCCCCCAGCCCCCGCCCCGUCUUCUUGGAUUGUUUAGCUGGCUCUUCAUCUCUCCUCUCCUGCCCCUGCAUCCCUCCCCUUAUCCUCCCUUUUAUUCUACCCCUGGAGGAAGACUUAGUCUAACUAUGAUACUCCCAUAAUUGCCACAACAAUUGGUCAAAUAAAAUGGUCUAUGCUGCAUCAGCUGGGGGGUAAAACAGAGGCAGGGGGCUUUGGAGGAACCCCAGACCUCCUGGUUCUGGAGGCUGGAGCCUGGAGAAGCAAGCCUCUGUCCUCGGGCUCCUCCCAAGGGCUCCCUGGGCUUUGCUCCCUCCCCUGCCCUGUUCCUGCCACCUGCUGCUGCUGUCCCACCCCAGGAGGCACUAAUCUGUGGAAACAUUUCCCUUGCACAUCCCACGGGCUGAGCUCCCAGGAGAAGGGCAGCCUCUCUCUGGAGCCCAGGACCAGCAGGACGCUGGCAUCAUGUCCUAAUUCAGACUUAUCAAAGAGAAGUGGAGGACAUGGGGUGGGGGGACUGCCUGGAGGGGCUCUGCUCUGGCUGGUGGGGCAGGGGGAGGGGCGAGCUGCCCUCCAUUAGGGGACUGCAGAGCUCCUGUCUUUUUUCUCUGGAAUCUAAGCCUGAGCGUAUUGGAAUCUGCUCAGUAGCUGUCAGGUGGGGAGCAUUGAAAGGCAGCAUUUCUUGGCUCAAGGCUGGGAGCUGUGCUUUGUGGAUCACAAGGGAGUCAAGGUCAUGGAGGGAGACACAGAGGGAGCUGAGACCUGAAAGACUCCCUCUUUUUUUCCUCUCCAGACAAGGACCUUCCAUGCCUUCCUGGGGUUUGAUGGCAGUGGGCUCCUUUUCCCUCCUCACAAUGCCCGGCCCCUCCUGCCUGCCUGUGGAUGUGAGCUGUUCUUAGGAGCUGGGGCCUAAUGGAAAGUGUUAGAAACACAGUGCAGGAAUUAUUUGAGGUUUUCUGCUACUCCCCCUAAGAUUCACAUUCCUUCCCUCGCCCUCCCUUUUCUGGCCAAUUCAGUACUCAUUCAGCCUUUGUUAGAGGGUGAGCUGAAGAACAAAAAGGAUUCUUCACAUUUGGGCAGAGCUGUACAAAGUGCUUUCACAACACCUUAUCUCAUCGGAGCCACAUAAGAACCCCCGUGAAGAAGGCAUCAUUUUUCUUACAGAGGAGGAGUUGGUUCUCAGAGAAGUUACGCAUCUAGCUGGAGGCAGUUUCAAACCCAUGUCACCUGGCCCCAAGCUCAUUGUUAUCCCAUGAUCCUUUGUGACUGAUGAAAUCUACUUCCCGUUGAUUAUCUUAUUUAAUACUGACAAUCACUCCAAAGGGGUUACUGCCCCUGUUUUUAACAGAUGAGGCAACUGAGGCUCAGAGGUUAAGUAAUUUGUCAUGCAGGUGUUAGGGGCAGAGUCUGUCUGCAUCCAAAGCCUGUGCUAAUAGUACUGAAGAGGAAACUGAGGCUCGGAGAAGUCAUUUGCCCAGAUUACACAGUUCUUAAGGGGCAGCCUUAGAAUUCAAAUGCAGCUCAAAAAUCCCCAAGUCCAGUGCUUUUUCAGUCACACCACACUGCCUGCCCCAAGAACCUGUGGUGUCUGGCUCAUUCAUUCUGACCCAGGGAGAUCUCAAGGACAAAGACUGUUCUACUGUUGGAUUUGGUUCUUAGCUCAAGCUCUCUGUUCCCCUGGCUGACCUCUCCCUAGUCACAUCUCUCCGUCCGUCUGGCAGCAUUCCUUACACACCCACCCCCUGCUUCUGGGUUCAGCUCUUCCCCCUUCUUGAGUUUGGGGACAGCCAGGUCUCUAAUGAUCUGUGGGAUAACUGAGAGAAGAGUGAGCAGGGAACGCUGUCCCUGUCUGGUCUCACCACUCUCUUCAAGCAUCAGAAACAAUAGUGUUCUGAGCCCCCGGAGUGGGAAGGAAAGCCUUGAGAGGGAGCUGCUCCAAAUCCUGGCUCUGAGAACACAGAAAUUCCAGCCCUCUGUCCCCUGAAGUUUUCUGGAAAGAGCAGCUGAAAGUGCUGGCCAGAACAACGUGAGCCCUAAGAUUCUGGGCAGGAUGGGCCAAUGAACCUGGGACUUUCCUCCACCCCUACCUUCAUCCAUCUGCCACUCCCCAAGUCCACCUUGAAAGAGCUUCAGCAGAUAAUCACAAGUGCACAGCACACCCCCAUCAAGGAAUUAGCUCAAGCUUCUCACUCAUACCUCCCUAAGGUUGGAAGGAAGACAAAAUAUUCAUAAGCAAAGAGAGUGGGAAAGGAAAGGAGUAAAUUUUGGCUGAAGUCCCUUGAUUUUGAGCCUGAGUUGCUGAAAACUUGGCCAUUCUAGACCCAGUAUUCUUUUCUUCCAGAGGAAAUAAGAGAGACAAAGUUCCUACUGAAGAGUUGGACACUUCAUUAAUUUUUUCAAAUUUUAAACCUAAUUAAAUAUUUUAAUAACAAUGAAACUAUUUGCAAUUUUUGUGUUCAGUGUCCAUGAGGCUAUCAAUAAAAAGGAUAAGUAUCAUUUCAUAUAUGUGACAUCUAGACCUACAAAUGUAAGAAUGCUAUAAAUUACUUAAUGCUACAAAAUGUUCCUCAACCACCAUGUGCAAUGUUGCAGAUAUUACACUAAUUCAUGAGUUCCUACAAAACCAGAAAUUGGGACUCAAAGAGGAGCAAGAUAAUGGUUGCUCAGCACUCCUGGGAAAUAACAUGUCGCGCAGGAACCUAUUACCGUCAUGCUAUCCAAGAGGAAGGACUUGACAAGUCAAUUUUCUUUUCCCUUAGCUAAGCACUUUGACAGCUGAAUUCCUCCCUGCACUCCAAAGCUAGUCUGUCUCCAAAGUUCACAGUGACACAACACACAAACCUUCAGGGUAUUUCAGAUGUAAUUUUUUUUUUUUUCUGAAGACACAGGGCAAUUUAUGUAGAAAAGCGUUUCUCUGGGGCCUGAACUAUGUUAGUCUUAGAAAUAUGUGUUUAGGGUGACAGGUGCUCUGUGCCAGCACUGAGUGCUGAAUCCCAAGUGACAGAAACACCUCUAGGUUUUUAAUAGAUUUAGUUCUUUUGUGGCUGUAAUCUAUGGUACCUUCUAAAGCAUGAAGCCCAGGGCAAGGAGCUCUCUUGCCCAGGUCUAAGAGAUAAGGUCUUAUUUUAUAUACCCGAUGGUGCCCAGUUGGAGGAAUCAGGAAGGCCUCUGUGGUAAGGAGGUCAUGAAUAAGCUAAGACUUCAAGAUUGAAUAAGAGUUAACAAGGCAAAGAAUUGGGGAGAAUGGGGUGGGGUGCGGUGGAAGAUGCGCCAGACAUAAUAGAGUGUGCAAAUGAGAGCCUGCUGCCUUCAGGAAACUGAAAGGAGGCCUGUUUGGGCCUUGUAAGUCAGGAUAGGAAUUCUGGAACUUGACUUAGGGACAAUGGGAAAGGGAAAAAUAGUUAAAAGGUUAUUUUUCCUUCCUUCCAUCUUUCCAUCCUUCUUUUCUUCCUUUUAUUCCUUCUUUCUAACACUUACACAGUGAUUACUCUAUUCCAGGCACUGUUCUAAAUAAUUAUAUCUAUGUAUAUCUAUAUCUAGAUAUAGAUAGAUUUGUGUGUGUAUAAUCAUUUAAUACUAAUAAUUACCCUAGGAAGUAGGCUGUUGCAAUGUAACAGUUGAAAAAUCGAGUCAGUGGAUUGGAGAAAGGUAGGUGUAUUAAAAAGUUAUUUAGGUUAGUCAUUAGAGAAAUGCAAAUCGAAACCACAAGGGAUACCCCUUCACAUCUACUAGGUUAGCCAUAAUUAAAAAAGAGGAAAACAACAAGUGUUGGUGAGGGUGUGGGGCAAUUGGAACCCUGGUGCCUUUGCUGGCGGGAAUGCAAAAUGGUGCCGCUGCUGUGGAAAACUGUUUAUUGUUUCCUCCAAAAGUUAAACGUAGAAUUACCAUAUCACCCAGCAAUUCCACUCCUAAGCAUAUACUCAAAAGAACUGAAAACAUGUAUUCACACAAAAGUUUGUACUCCUAGCAGUACUAUUCACAAUAGCCAAAAGGUGGAAACAAACCAAAUGUCCAUCAACAGGUGAAUGGAUAAACAAAAUACAUUGUAUCCAUACUGUGGACUCUUAAGUCGCCAUGAAAAGCAAUGACACAUGCUUCAACAUGGAUGAACCUUGAACUCAUUAUGUUGAGAGAAAGAAGCCAGACACAAAAGGUCACAUAUUACGUGGUUCCACUUUUACGAAACAUCCAAAAUAGGAAAUCCAUAGAGACAGAAAUCAGGCUAGUGAUUGCCAGGAGCUAGGGGGAUGGGGGAGGGGGGAGUGAUUAAUGAUUAAGUGGUUUCCUUUUGGUGUAAUGAAAAUGUGACUAAAUAGAGGUAAGAGUUGCACAAUAUUGUAAAUGUACUAAAUGCUAACUGGAUCGUAUUUUUUUAAAUUGAAGUAUACUGAUUUAAAAUGUUUCACGUGUACAGAAAAGUGUACACGUGAAACAUUUUCCUUUCAUUUUAGGUUAUUCUAUUUUUUUUCAGAUUCUUUUCCAUUAUAGGUUAUUACAAGAUAUUGAAUAUAGUUCCCUCUGCUAUACUCGUUGUUUAUUUAUUUUAUAUAUAGUAGUGUGUAUCUUUUAAACCCAAAUUCCUAAUUUAUCUCCCCCCCUUCCCCUUUGGUAGUCAUAAGUUUGUUUUCUAUGUUGGUGAAUUGUAUGCUUUUAUUUUAUUCAUUGAAGUAUAGUUGAUUUACAAAGUUGUGUUAAUUUCUGCAGUACGACAAAGUGAUUCAGUUAUAUAUACAUUCUUUUUUUAAAUAUUAUUUUCCAUUAUGGUUUAUCAUAGGAUACUGAAUAUAGUUCUCUGUGCUUUAUAGUAGGACCUUGCUGUUUAUCCAUUAGCAAGUGAAUUGUAUGCUUUUAAAUGGUUGAUUUUAUGUUAUGUGAAUUUUACCUCAAUUAAAAAAAAAAUCAAUCCAAAAAAAAAGUCUUUAGGAGGUGGAGCCAAUGGAUGGCACUUGGUGAUUGAUGGAUGGUAGGGAGAUGGAGAAAUAGAGGAAGGAGUCAAGAAUGACUCCCAGCCAGCUGACUUGAGCAAAUAGGAGAGUGACUACAUUUACUGAGAAGGGGAAGACUGAAGAAGGAGUAGAUAUCUAGGAGAUGAUGAGCUCCAUUUCGGAUAUGACAAGUGGGAAGUGUUGAGGCACCCAAGUCCGGAGCUAAGAAGAAAAGUCUAAGACAAAGAUAUUUGGGAGUCAUCAACAUAGCAACAUAAAUUAACACUACAAGAAUAAAUGAGACUCAAUAUCUAAGGGUCUGAUCAAGGAAGAAGAACCAAAUUUGUAAAUUUAAAUUAGCAUGUUAAAAGACACGUCUGAUAAGGGACUGUUAUCCAAAACAUACAAAGAACUCUUAAAACUGAACAAUAAGAACCCAAACAACCCAAUUAAAAAAUGGGGCUUCCCUGGUGGCGCAGUGGUUGAGAGUCCGCCUGCCAAUGCAGGGGACACGGGUUCGUGCCCCGGUCCGGGAGGAUCCCACAUGCCGCGGAGCAACUAGGCCCGUGAGCCACAACUACUGAGCCCGCACAUCUGGAGCCUAUGCUCCGCAACAAGAGAGGCCGCGAUAGUGAGAGGCCCACGCACCGCGAUGAAGCGUGGCCCCGGCUUGCCACAACUAGAGAAAGCCCUCGCACAGAAACAAAGACCCAACACAGCAAAAAUAAAUUAAUUAAUUAAUAAACUCCUACCCCCAACAUCUAAAAAUAAAUAAAUAAAAUAAUCUUUAGGGAAUUCCCUGGUGGUCCAGUGGUUAGGACUCGGUGCUUUCACUGCCGUGGGCCCAGGUUGGAUCCUAGGUCAGGGAACUAAGAUCCCAUAAGCCACAUGGUGUGGCCAAAAAGAAAAUAGUCUUUAAAAUAGUAGACGGUGUCAGCAAAGGCAUUAAAAAUUAAUAUAAAUUUUAAAACAUAAAGCUUCUAUGUUCAAGGACUUUGUAGCCUAGUUGGGAAAACAAACCCAACACAUCAAACAAUACGUCUUAAGUUGUGUAACUUAAUCAUCGAAGACUAUAUUUCAUCUUUCACCCUCCACUUCUCUACAUGCGUGCAGCCACACGUUGAAAACUCUGCUGUUCCUGGAAAUGCCACAGUCUCCCUUGCUUACCUGCCAUGUCACUCAGUUUCCUCUAAAUAGAAUGCUUUUCUCCUCUGUUUUCAAUUCUUCUGGGCAUAUACUUAGCAGUGGAAUUGCUGGGUGAUAUGGUAAUUCUGCGUUAAGCUUUUUAAGGAAAUAUUGAACUAUGUCCACAGCAGCUGCCCCAUUUUACAUUCCCACCAGCAAACGGACAAGGGUUCCAAUUUCUCCACAUCCUCACCAACACUUGUUAUAUUUUCUGGGUUUUGCUCCUCUUUUUUUAAUGAGCAACCUAGUGACUGUGAAGUUGUAUCCCUUGUGGGUUUUUUGUUUGUUUGUUUUUAAUUUAUUUAUUUGGCUGCGUUGGGUCUUCGUUGCUGUGCAUGGGCUUUCUCUAGUUACGGCAAGCGAGGGCUACUCUUCGUUGUGG